AUGUGGGUACGAUCUACUGAUGCGGCCACAGAGGAAGAAAAAGGUGACGAAUUAACACCAAUUGACGAAGAGAUUUGGAUGGUGAAUCAAGCUCGGAAUGAAAUUUUAGAAUAUCGCUCUUUACCUCUGGCAGAUAUAGCUCCUGCAAGGAUACUUCCUCACGAAACCGACCGGCAAAGCAUAGUUGAAGGGAGAUCUCGAAGCUGCCGUAAUAGUACGAAUGGAAAAGAUAAAAGUGGUCGAAAUGCCAACUUAGAUAAAAACUCCUACAAAGUAUCGACAUUGCUCAUCACCUCCUCAAAACAAGCUACAGCACAUGGUAAAAUGUCCGAAUCUCGCUAUGACCUCCAAAUCCGAUCAAGGUAUCAGACUUUGCGGUCUAUAUCGCUCCUCACUUUCAUCACCACAGUUGCAGCCAUAAGCUCUCUUGCCUCUAUUAUAUAUUCGUUCUCGACCAGACAAGUUGAAGGCAAAGGAUGCAGAAUGUCAUACAUGAGGCCUUCUUUCAUUAAGUUCUCGGAUUUCGACACAGAACAUACUCGAUUUGCUAGCAAAUAUUCAUUGUAUCUUUAUAGAGAGGGCGGUGUGGAUGAAAAUAAUAAGAUAGGAGGUGUGCCAGUCAUAUUCGUACCCGGAAAUGCUGGGAGCUAUAAGCAGGUUCGUCCCAUCGCAGCAGAGGCAGCCAAUUAUUUUUACGAUAUUGUACAGCAUGAGGCUAGUGGAACUACCGCUGGGCUACGAAACUUGGACUUCUUUACUGUUGAUUUUAACGAGGACAUCACUGCUUUUCAUGGCCAAACACUACUCGAUCAAGCAGAGUAUUUGAAUGAAGCAAUCGCAUACAUAUUGUCGCUAUAUCAUGAUCCCAAUAGAUCAGAGCGUGAUUCGAAUCUACCUGAUCCCACAUCAGUCAUUAUACUUGGUCAUUCAAUGGGAGGGAUCGUCGCUCGAACUAUGCUGGUGAUGCCUAACUAUCAGGCUAAUUCAAUUAAUACGAUUAUUACAAUGUCAGCACCACAUGCUCGUCCACCUGUAUCUUUUGAUAGCGAGAUCGUCAAGACAUAUCAACGAAUCAAUAAAUACUGGAGAGAAGCGUAUUCUCAAAAAUGGGCGAACAACAACCCACUAUGGCAUGUUACCUUGAUAUCCAUAGCCGGAGGUGGACUUGACACUGUAGUUCCAUCAGAUUAUACAAGCUUAGAGUCAUUGGUACCAGAUACCCAUGGUUUCACAGUAUAUACUUCCUCAGUUCCAAACGUUUGGACUGGAAUGGAUCAUCAAGCAAUUCUUUGGUGCGAUCAGUUUCGAAAAGUUGUCAUACGUUCACUCUACGAUAUUGUUGAUGUCAACAGGCCUACUCAAACAAAACCACGAGCAGAUCGAAUGAGAAGCUUCAAAAAAUGGUUUCUGACUGGUAUGGAAAAUAUAGCUGAAAAGACACUACCUCAGGAAAAAGCUUCUUACCUUCUCACGCUCGAAGAUGACAAUAAUUCUGUUCUUGCUCAAGGGGAAAGAUUGGUAGCUCGGAGUUUUGGUCAAAACCGUGCGCCGCGCACCAAUUUAAUGCCUAUACCACCACAGGGCACACCUGGUGGAAAAAAAUUUACACUAUUGACUAAUCGAAAGCUUGAGGCUAAUAAUUCGGAAAGCAUUGAAGUUCUAUUCUGCAGCAUUUUCCCAUUGAGUUCCGGAAAAUCAACUUCCCAAUUUAUUAAUAGCAUGGACCUCUACGAAGAUAGUCCUGGGUCAACUCGGCUAGCCUGCAAGAACGCUGCUUCUGAUGUGAUAGCCUUACCUCCAUCAAACCAAGAAAGCAAAAGCCCAUUUUAUCUUGAUGAAGAGGAAGAAGUCCAGCCAUUUUCAUUCUUACAGUAUGAUCUAGAAGAUAUUCUUGAACACCAGUUCGUUGCGGUCGUUGAUAAAUCCAGGAAAUAUAUGAAAAGUUGGGUCAUUGCCGAAUUUAGUGACAAUAUUCAGUCGCAUCAGAUCCGGUCAGUUGAAUUUCAAAAGCUUCUAACCCUUGGUUUAGAGUUGAAGCUACCUGCUCAUCGGCCUAUUGUAACCGAAUUUCAAAUUCCUGCGUUACGCUCAAGUUUGCUAGCAUUUACUCUAAAAAUGGGGCAUCAAAGCUGUGGAAGCGAACCUAGACUAUUUUCACCUCUUCUUCGACAAUACAUGUCUGAGCCAUAUGAAUCGAAAUACUUCGUUAAUUUCAAAGAAGGAAAUAUAAAUCUACAUGGCGUUUCCCCAUACAUGCCACCUCCGCUGAAAGAAAGUAGAGCACAUGACGGAUUAACUUUCCAAUUCUGGACUGAUCCUACUUGCAACUCAAGUAUUUGGAUUUCUCUAAAGAUUGACAUUUUGGGUAGUAUGGGAAAACUCUAUAUGCGUUACCGAACUGUUUUUGCGGCAUUUCCCCUUCUCGUUGUGGCCCUUGUAUUGAGGAAACAAUUUAGAGUGUACGAUGAAACCGGAAUAUUUAUGACAUUCUUUUCGAGCCUAGACCUUUGCCUACGUCAAUCGUUUCCCCUUCUCUUACUGGCACUUACCCUCCUAUCGCUGGUAUUUUCGCAGAUGAGCUCGUCACUCAAUCAAUCUACCCCUCCAAGAUUUUGGGGCUGGAGCGGCAAUACGACGACAACACCGAUGAAAUUUACUGUGAAUGACCUUUUGAUUGGCACCCAAGACCCAUUUUUUUGGUUUAUGGUUCCACUGAUUGGACUAUCUAUAGUUGGUGGAGCACAAAACCUGCAUGGCUACGAAACGAGGAAAGAAAAAAGAUUGGUACAGCAGCUUUUGUACCUUCAACUCUUAGAAGACGAAUUAUUACCACUAGUAUUUUGUUAA